GAAUUUUCCAUACCCUCGCCAAAACAACCCCCACCACUCACAACCCCAUUCAUGCUACGUUUCCAGCCGUUGGUGGUCUUUAGAAACAGCUUCAAUCCCUCUGUCCAGCUUCGACUCCUAGUUACGGCACAGAGUUCCCGCUACGUCCUCCAGAAAGCUGCCAGAUACAAUGCCAAAACCGCUGCCAAACCGGAAGUUCCGCCAUAUAUAUCCCAAACUCCGGUAAAUGGCACCACAAUAGCUAUAAAAAUCCCGCGUAACCAGUGGCUCGCGGUGCUAGGCUCCCAGGGAAGCUUCCUCCGAGACCUCGAGACCCAGUUUGGCGUGGCUUUCACGGCCGAUGCUGACCCCGACGGCUACGCUUUGCAAAUCAUUCAUCCGGACAACCAGGUGUGUGAGGAGGUGUUACACGCGCUCGAAGAGCGAGUGGAAGGUCUUGCCACCCCCCACGUUUUCCCACUCGCCACGUAUCGGUUAGCGGAGGUGCUCGAGAUCCAGCGCGCGCGCGUACUCGCGAUCCAGCGUCGCACAAACACGAAUAUCGUUAUCGAUGCGCGUCUCGGUGCCAAGUACGCCGCCUGUCGCAUCUACACGCCCAACGCUGCCGUGGCUGGCCGUGCCUUCAGACAGCUCAAGGCGUGCAUCAGACGCGUCGCCUUCCGCACCUUCCAGGUCUCUGAGGAGUACGUGCGGCCGUUGUGUGCUCUCGCGUCGAAAAUCGAGCUCCAGACAGGUACGAGAAUUUGCAUAAUCGACCGGCAGCAGUCCUGGGAUCCGCGCGGGACCCGUGCCUGCGUCAUCCACGACACCGCCGUGCACAACGAGAACGGCGCCAUUGAGCAGGCCGCGGAAUUGCUCCGCCGAUGCAUCGCGGAGUUGAAGGAACACAAACGCGUAGUCGUGGUAGACGCGAGUCAUGCAUUCAUUGUGCCGUGCGCAUACUUGCGCGAGCUCGAGGAUUUCACGGGCACAACGAUCUUGGCGCCCGACUCACAGAGCCCGUUUAUUCGCAUCUACGGACUUGAACCCACAGCGAUAAACGCCGCGUGGGACGCGCUCACGUGGCGUUUGCGCGUCUAUCCACAGCACACGGUGGCCCUCGACUUGAACUCUGACGAACAACACUUCUUGCGGCUCUACCUGAGCCUGGACGGCACAUAUCCUGUCGACUGGAACGGUCCGCGCAUCCACCUUCGUAGCCCCAUGCGCGCCGCGCCGUUUGAACGGUUGAUUCGCAUGCAUGCCGCGAAUAAGCUCGUGUACGACGUGCCUGUGGGAGACGCGCAACUUAUAGCGAUGUUCGCGACUACCGCCGCGGUCGCGCGCCAUCACGCGCAUGUCCAGCGCGUCACAGAGCGCGCCAAUGCCGUUUUAGACUGUGAGUCUUCUCGAAUCACGGUCUUCGGUGCAACAAUGGAUGCGUCGCGGGAAACACUCACGCUGUUCUGCGAGUCCCAAGCGCGACUCAUACGGCUGUGUUUCGCCGCGCGCGUCCCGGCCGCCGCACGCGCAGCCCUACAGUCCUCGUACUCCACCAAAGAAACGAAUGCCGCAGGCUUCAUGUUUUGGCAGGACUCAACAAUCUGUUUGCACUUUCCUGAGUCCUUUAGAGAUGACGGGAUCAUCUAUGUCAUGGGUGAAGACGUGGGAUCCGUGAAAGCGAAGGCUGAGCUUGAACGUAAGGUUUUGCAGUUGGCUCGUCAAAGUGGGUCUGUUGAGAAGGUUGAAAUUUUGCCCCGCGAUUUCCAAACUAAAGUGGAUGCCAGCAGCUUGAGUAUCCCAGAAGCCAAAGAUGUGAUCGAAGAUAUGAAGGCGGAAAGGAUUGAUGUGACGACAGAAAACGAACCAAUUGAACUUGUCUCUCACGUUAUCCCGCCUCAUUUGCACGAAAUUCUCGCUAAAGAAGCUGGUGUCAUUGAGUACGUGACGAAAACCUGGAUCACAGACGGACCUACCUUCCAAAUUUCUGGCGUUUUGCCAAACGUGGAUAAGGCCAGUGAAAUGUUAACCGCCGCGGCUGAAGCCUUAGAAGGCAAUGCCCAAACCGUCUCUAUUCCUGCAGAGCACCACUCCUUGCUUUCCCCAACAUUACUUGAAAAGGUGAAAGCGUACACCCAGACAGCGAUUCUCUCGUCUGAGAUCUCAUCGAACCAAACCGAUAUUACUGUCUACGGCUCCGAUGCUGUAAACGUUGAGUUGGCCAUUGCGAUGAUUAGAAAUUUCAUUGCCUUCCAAGGUACUCUGCUUAGGUUCCAGAUUGAAAGCAGUAUGUUGGGUGUUGUCACGGGUGGUGAUUUGACCAUCGAGGGCAUUGAGAAAGCCACCGGUACGCUUAUUACCUUUCAGACCGAUGACCAACUCAGCACCGUUACAGUGUACGGUAAGGACCGCAACUCGGUAAACUCUGCUGUUGGUAAGCUAACGACGCAUUGGGACGUGAAUUUGAACAACCGCGAAGUUUGUCGACUUCCAGUCCUGCUCAGUGACUCGUUGUUGAAUGAAAGCACCUUGUACCAGCUCAAACAGUUGUUCAAAGUUUCGGUCAGAGUGGUCAAGACUCGCAACUCCCAAGACGACUUGUGGUUCUUGUAUAGCGACGAUGUGAAGGCUUUGAGAAAGGUAAGGAGCUACUUGGCUGAUCUUGCAAAGGGACGCGGAGAGGUGAUUUCCCCGCCCCUUGGCCAUGCUUUCUAGGGAACUGAAAAGAGCCCGUUCAUCCUCUUAGCACUCUUUCUACGUGGUUGAAAUAGAUCCGUUCUCCGUUGUCUCCUCUUGCAUUGCUGUGUUGAUACAGCACCUUUUGUACAUAGAUUGACCCAUUCCGGGACUAAUAUACUUGAUGGUUAGUCAAAGUCAUGACCGGUGGUUUUUGGUUACUAGCGUGAGUAGCUGAUAGAGGCUAAAUGAAGUACCUGGAUAAUUUUCGUUCUAAAACGCUGGAAGGUGCCACGCUUGUGACAUAUCUCCUGGGAAGACUCUGAUGGUCUUUAACAAUCCUUGAGGCUGAAAGGUGCAAAAAUGGACGAGUCAGGAGUCGAACCCGAGACCUUUCACAUGCUAAGCGAACGCGCUACCAACUACGCCACACGCCCAAUACUGCGCGGUGAGU